UUGUUUGUUCUGCAGUUAAAAACAGAAAAAUUCGAGAAAAACAAGAAAAAGAAACACGACGCUGCCUUUAAAGUCGCGGGUCACGCGAGCUCCAGUGUCGUAAAAACUUUUUUCUCGACAUCCAAAUCCGAUGAUUUUUGGUCAGCAAAAACCAACAACACCAAGCUUUAAAGUUAGUGUGCGUGUGUGUGUAAUUGCUCGUUAAAUUAAGUGCUAAAACGGCGCUGUGUGAGUUUAUGACUCCGUGAAAGAAAGAUAGAUAAAUAAUAGUUUUAUUUAAGUCAAAUAAAUUCUUAUGAAUAUUGUGCCUUUGUAAAAGAAUUCAUACCUUUCACAUUAAUAUCGAUUACAUUUUUAUUUCUUGAAUUAUUUACCGCAAGACAGAAAUCCGACAUUCUGUGUGGCCCCAAAGGCAACGCAAAGGCAAGUUUACUGUACGGAAACGGGCGAUUUUGAAAAGAAUUCCGGGUUUAGAGGCUACUCGAUACCUGCAGGAACUCUAAAAACGGCACACUGCGACGGAGAGCAUGCAGAAGAACCUGAUUUACCUGGUUAGACAUAAAUAAUCUGAUGAAAAUUCCGUUUCUUCAGGUGUGACUAGUUCGGGAAGAUGUUCCGCAGUAAAGUGAAGGCUCUGAGGCUGCUGCAGCUCGGAUACACACUCCGUCACACUGCCUUCUGCUCUAGGCUGGUUCUGGGCAUCGAGACCAGCUGUGAUGACACGGGAGCGGCUGUGCUGGAUGAGACUGGCGCCAUACUGGGAGAGUCUCUGCAUUCACAGAAGGAGGUGCAUCUCAGGACUGGAGGCAUCAUCCCUACCGUGGCCCAGCAGCUCCACAGGGAGAACAUUGAGCGUGUGGUCCAGGAGGCUUUGGAGAGGAGUGGCGUGGCCCCAAGCCAGUUGGCCGCCGUCGCCACCACAGUGAAGCCCGGGCUGGCCCUGAGCUUGGGUGUCGGGCUUGAGUUCACUCGGCAGUUGGUGAGGCGGCAUGACAAGCCAUUCAUCCCCAUCCACCACAUGGAGGCCCACGCCCUGACUGUGAGGAUGCUCCAGCCCGUCAGCUUCCCCUUCCUGGUGCUGCUCGUGUCCGGAGGCCACUCACUCCUCGCUGUGGCCCAGGGAGUCGAUGACUUCCUGCUUUUGGGUCACGCUCUGGAUGAAGCUCCCGGAGAUACUCUAGAUAAAGUGGCGAGACGUUUGUCCCUCGUCAAACACCCGCAGUGCUCCUCGCUGAGCGGAGGCCAGGCCAUAGAGCUGCUCGCUCGGGACGGCGAUAGGACGAAGUUCUCUUUCAGGACACCAAUGGGACAAACGCACGACUGCUGCUUUUCCUUUGCUGGACUCAGAAAUCAGAUUACGAUGACGAUAAUGAAAAAAGAAGCAGAGGAAGGUGUGGAAGAGGGGACACUGCUGAAAUGUGUGAAUGAUAUUGCAGCUGCCGCUCAGCACACCGUCGCCGCCCACCUGGCGAAGCGCACACACCGCGCCAUCCUGUUCUGCAAGGCAAACGGCCUGCUGCCGCCCAGCAGCCCCACCUUGGUGCUUUCCGGGGGAGUUGCGAGCAACCAGUACAUCCGAAAAGCUCUGACGAUUGUCACGGAGAUGACCGGUCUGCAUCUGAUCUGCCCUCCUGCAAAGUUCUGCACUGACAACGGAGUGAUGAUUGCAUGGAACGGCGUGGAGCGGCUGAGAGAAGGAAAAGGGAUCCUGGCUCCAGAUGUUGACGUUUGCUACGAGCCAAGGGCCCCGCUGGGCGUUGACAUCACAGCGGAGGUGAAGGCCGCCGCGAUCAGGCUGCCACCCUUAAAGAUGAAGAUCCCAAGCUGAUGUCAUUGUCAUUGUGAUUUCCCAAAGCUGUGUAUAACAGUACUGUAUCUAAAAAGGACAUUAUACAGAUAUUUAUUAAUAAAUAUUUUUUCUGAAACUGGUUUUGUUAAAAAAAAAAA